AUGCUUCGGACCACCAUGGCUAGGGGUACUCGCGCAGCUGCAAGCACAACACAGAAGAGGGAGCUGCCCAAGCGAGCUGCCCGGGUGAAAGCAGAGGAAACACACUCACCACAGGUCAAGAAGGAGCCACAUUCACCACCCAGACCGGCCAAAGCCACCCCGAGGAAACGAGCAGCCCCCAAGGCCGAGAGUGGGAAUGAGACGCCGAAAAGGGUAAAGGUGGAAGAUGAGGAGCCUACAGCAAAGACCAGCCCAAGCAAGAAAAACACCCCAUCAGACCUCCGAGACAAGAAGCUCAAGGCCUACGCCCAGUACGCCAACAGCUCGCCAUUCCCGGACUUUGCACACCCCACGCCAGAGGAAUGCAAGCUGGCCCACAAGAUCCUGGCCUCCCUGCACGGCGAGCGCAAGAGGCCAGCCCAGCUCGUGGCCCCGAGCUCCCGCGCCGGGUGCGGCGACUCGCCCUCGGUGCUGGACGCGCUGGUGCGGACGAUCCUGUCGCAGAACACGUCCGACACCAACAGCACGCGCGCCAAGCAGAGCAUGGACAAGGCGUACGGCAGCAGCGACAAGUGGGACGCCAUCGCGCACGGGGGCCAGGCGAAGCUGCAGGAGGCUAUUAAGUGCGGCGGGCUGAGCGUCGUCAAGAGCAAGGUCAUCCUGAGCAUCCUCGAGCAGGUUUAUGAGCGCUACGGGAAAUACUCGCUGGAUCACCUGCACGAGGCGUCGAGCGAGGAUGCCAUGACUGAGAUGUUGAGUUUCAAUGGCGUGGGGCCCAAGACGGCCAGCUGUGUGCUGCUGUUCUGUCUGCAGAGGGAGAGCUUUGCUGUCGACACGCACGUGCACCGCAUCACGGGCUUGUUGGGGUGGAGGCCGGCCAAGGCAAGCAGGGACGAGACGCAUCAGCACUUGGAUGCUAGGAUCCCGGACGAGGACAAGUACGGGCUGCACAUUCUUCUUGUGUCGCACGGUAAGAAAUGUGAUGAGUGUAGGGCUGGCGGUAAGAAUAUGGGAAAGUGUGAGUUGAGGAAGGCGUUCCGUAAGGGCAAGCUGGCGGGUGAGGCUGGCGAGGACGUGAAGGAGGAGGAAGAGGAACAAGUGAAGAUCAAGGACGAGGAAUGA